UCUCCUCCGCAUACUCCAGGCGGCGGCGCACCCAGGGGGCGGCACGGCCACCGGCGCACCCAUGGAGGCGGGCGGCGCGGCCACCGGCGCGACCAUGGAGGCGUCCUCCGCGUGGACGGAGGAGGGCCGCGACGCCAACCAUAGUCGGCGGCGCACCCAUGGAGAGGCGGCGGGAUCCGGCGGCGCGGGCAGGGAGGCGCUCCGCACGGCCAUGGGAUCCGGCGGCGCGGUGAGGGAGGCGCCCCGCGCGGCCACGGGAUCCGACGGCGCGGGCAGGGAUGCACCCCGCGUGGCCUCGGAGGCGGGCGGUGCUGGCGCACCAGGGACACGGGCGGCGCGCGCAAAGCAAGCACGGCCAAGCAGAGGCCGGUGAAGCAUGGGAUCCUAUGAAUUUUGGUGUUUUUGGAAACCUUUCACGUACCCAAAGCAUUGAUAUUGAACUAGAUUUAAUUAAAAGUAAUCAUACAGAAUGAUUUCUACUCUUUUAUUUAUUUCACAAAAUAAUAUCUAUUUGGUUCUUCCACGUGGAGGACUAACCCCUAGCCGAGAGCAACCAUAAUAGAGCUAGAACUGUCUCAAACUCCCCAUGUUCACAUAAGGGUAUUUUGGCCUUUUUCCGCAGCCUGGCCCACACAUUAACGGGACAUGCUAACAUAAGUGACGUUAGUGUUAAAUAGACAAUAAAAUUUUGAGUUGGAGACAUAUAGAUAACAUCUGAAGUUUCGAUGGCAAAUGAGCAAAUCUCAUUAUUUCUGAUGUCAAACAGGCAAUUUUCUCCCGCAUCAGCGAGUCGUCGCUCACAAAUUUUCAAGCAUCGUUCGAGAAACCGAAGCUUCCGCAGCUGGUCACACAAAGAUACAGUACCAAUAGGAAGAAACCCCCGCUGGGGCGACCGGAGAUGUGGGUUCAGCCGUCGCCUUCACCCUUCACCCGCCGGCCGGGGCGACGAAGUUGACAAACCGUCGAACCGCACCAGGAAAGUCAUUUCCUCCUCUCUUCGUCUGCCUCCGACGAGCGGCGAUGGCCACCUCGCUCCCGCCGAUCGACUGGGAGGCAGAGAGCUACCCCGCCUACCCAGACUUCGCGGCCAUCCCCUUUUUCGCCGUCUUCUUCCUCGCCGUCCGUUUCCUCCUCGACCGCUUCGUAUUCGAGUGGUUAGCCAGGAAGCUGAUUUUCAAGAAGGGGGGUGAGAAGCUUGAUCCUAGUACAUAUGCUGGCAAGAGAAAGAUCAGGAAAUUUAAAGAAUCAGCUUGGAAAUGCAUUUAUUUCCUUUCCGGGGAGCUACUGGCAUUGUCUGUGACAUACAAUGAGCCAUGGUUCACAACCACAAGAAAUUUCUGGGUUGGACCGGGUGAUCAGAUCUGGCCAGAUCAAAAAAUAAAAUUUAAACUCAAGGCAGUCUAUAUGUAUGUUGCUGGUUUUUACACAUACUCAAUAUUUGCCCUUUUGUUUUGGGAAAUAAGGCGCUCAGACUUUGGUAUUUCAAUGACUCACCAUGUAGCAACUGUUUGUCUGAUAGCACUGUCUUACAUAUUCAGAUUUGCUCGCGUGGGUUCAGUUGUUCUUGCCAUCCAUGAUGCAACUGACGUGUUCCUGGAGCUUGGAAAGAUUUCCAAGUACAGUGGCCACGAGUUGCUUGCAGAUGUUUCAUUUCUUGUUUUCGUCAGUUCUUGGGUACUCCUUCGCCUUAUAUAUUAUCCAUUCUGGAUUCUCUGGAGCACAAGCUAUGAAGUUGUGCUGACUAUAGACAAGGAGAAGCAUAAGUUUGACGGGCCAAUAUACUACUAUGUAUUCAACAUUCUUCUCUUCUCCCUGCUUGUUCUACACAUAUAUUGGUGGGUAUUAAUGUAUCGGAUGCUUGUGAAGCAAAUACAGUCUAGAGGGCAUGUUGGGGAUGAUAUACGAUCUGAUUCUGAAGGUGAAGAGGAACAUGAGGAUUGAUUGAGCUCUGUAAAUUAAGAAGAAAAAGGAUCCUGAGGAUUGAUUGACCAUGAGCUGUGUAGGUUCUGAAGGUGUAGAGGAACACGAGGGGAUGGCUUAAGUUGUGUAAAUUCUGAAGGUGAAAAAGGAACAUGUUGCUCUGCCUUUUCAGAUCAUUGUUGUUUGUUUGAUGGGGGCUCUUCAUAAAUUAAGAAUACACUAGUGCCUUCACUUGGGCAUAAUACAUUUAUGUAAAACUAGGUCAAAUUGUAUAGCACCUACACAGCAGUUAAUGGAAAACAUUACUUGUGUACA